CCAGCUAUGGAGCUCGUUCCGAUAUUGAAGAAGAGCUAUUGGGGGCUUUUCGCAUUGGGCGCAUCCUAUGCUUGUUUUGUGCUUGCGCUUUGCUCGGGGUGGUUUCAGCGACAUGCGCUAUAUAUGCAUAAGGUCAAUUCAGAUGGCUGGCAUAAUAUUGUGAAUCCGGAGGAGUUUGGGUUUGCUAAGGGGCAGGUCACGCCGUUCUGGCUCGAUACGAGUGAUGGCGAACAAUUAUUCUGUUGGCACGUCCUCCCAAUGGACGUAUAUCUGAAAAACGAACAUGAGAUCGCCAUGAAGACCACGGGUGGCGUGGUUGAUGACUUCCAGUCGAGCGUGGGUGCCAUGUUCUUGAAAAAGGACGUGAAGAGCAGAGUAGUGGUCAACUUUCACGGAAAUGCAGGCCACGUAGCUCAAGGGUGGAGGCCGUCAACGUAUCGUUCCAUAUCCGGCAUACCUCACACUCACCUACUGACCUGCGAUUACCGCGGAUUUGGAAAGUCAUCUCUCAAGAACGCACCGCACAUCCCGACAGAAACCGGUUUAAUCACUGACGCGAUUUCUCUUGUUUCCUACAUUCUGAACAACCUCAACCACCCAGCCUCUCGAACCGUUCUUCUUGGUCAAAGCCUAGGCACAGCAGUGACCUCCGCAACAGCGCUCUACUUUGCCGAUCCAAACUCUCCCAACCUUCCUUCCAACCUAGUGCACCCUUCACCGCCCCCCAAGGAACCUCAAAACUUCGCUGGGGUCAUUCUUGUUUCUUCCUUUACAUCUCUCUCAAACCUCCUCGACACCUACAAAAUCGGCGGCGUGUUCCCCAUCUUCUCUCCACUUACCCCUUACCCGCGCAUCCGCAACUUCUUUGCCCGCAGGAUCCUCGACUCUUGGGAAACUCUCGCCCGCCUCGAAGCCCUCAUCACGGUGACGGCAGACGCGAAAGUCCCGCUCCACCUCGCACUUCUGCAUGCGCGCAACGACCAAGACAUUGGCUUCAAACUAUCUGAGCAGCUCUACACGCCGCUAGAAACGCUACUCCUGAGGGAGGAAGGCGUUUCGGCAGCCGAGGAGCGCAUGAGCAUCCACGGCAAGGAAAGAGUGCGCCGUGGCGCUUUUGCCUACAGAAGCGUCGAGGACGCGAACGGCGAGCGUACGGUGGAGCUGGAGAUUGUCAAAUAUGGCGGGCAUAAUGAGAUUGUGGGGUGGCCGCAGGUUGCACUCGCUGUCAGACGCUCUUUCCAGAGGAAAAUGUUCCGGCCUGGGCUGGACGUUGAGUAG